GCCGUGAGUGAUGUGAGCGCUGGGGGCGAGACCGGGGAUUACUCAGACUGCGGCGAGGGGCGUCCAGGAGAGCGGGCGGGCGGGCGGGCGCCACCGCAGCUGGCUGGGCCGCCUGUGGCUCUGCUCCAGGCUGCAGAGAAGCCGCAGCGACCAACAGGGCCAAGAUGAACCUGGAGGUGGGGAACGUGUCCUGCACGGGGGCGCUGGUCUCCUGGUCGUCGUCGGAGCCGUGCCAGGAGGAUUUCUACCACGUGGCGUACCGGCCGAGCUGGCAGAGCGUCUUCUCGGGCUCCCUGCGGCACGGCCGGCAGCACGAGGAGAAGGUGCCCCGCGCCGCGGGCUCCCUGGCGCUGCGCCACCUGGCCCCGGCCACUCUCUACUUCCUGUGCGUCAGCUGCCAGCGGGCGGACGCCGACCCGCACCACCACUGCACCGUCUUCCACACGCUGGAGAAGAAGGCGCCGCCCGCGCCCGCCCUGGCCGACCCCCAGCUCUCGCUCUGGGUGCUCCUGGCCGUCCUGCUCAUCUGCUUCGCCGCCGUGAUGGCCUUCGUCUGCCUGCAGUUCUGGUGCGUGCGCUACCACGAGCCGCGCUGGGCCUACCGGGCCGGCCGCGCUGAGGAGGCCAACGGGCUGGUGCGCUGGCCGGAGGAGGGGCCCGCGCUGCGCCAGCGGGAGGAAGAGGCCCGGGAGCUGCCCCUGGCCGAUCUGGGGCUACUGUACGACAACGGCGACUUCUUGGCGAUGCCGCCACCGGGGCGAGGGGCUCCCCGGGGCCGGGGGGAGAGGGGCGGCCGGGGACCGGCGGCGCCACCGCGCGCCCGCAUGCUCCCCGCCCUGGCGGAGCCUCUGUGAAAGCCACGUCUGCGGAUACCCCCCCACCCCCCGCCCCCGUCACCUCUCUGCUCUGCCGGGCAGUGACCCCCGCCCCCCGGCUUCCCUGUGUCCACCAGGCUGGGUGUCCCAUAUCUGCUGCUAAAGUUUCCAGGGCCAAAGACGCCUCACCCUGGGGUGCCUGAGAGGAGAGUGGAUGGGGCCCCUCGAAGGGGGUUUUCCCCCCCAUGCCCCCCGAAUGUCAGUCAGAGACGGGAACUGUACAGGACAGCAGGGGAGGUGCUCGCUUUGCAUGCGGCUGACCUGAGUUUGAGCCCCUGAUAUCCCACCAUACUGUCCCCUGAGCCUGCCGGGAGUGAUCCCCGAGCACAGAGCCAGGAGUCAGCACCUCUGGCGAUGCCCCCUCCCCUCCCCCUACCAAAGAAGCAUGAAAAAAAAUAAAUAAAAAUGAUGAGUUUAGCUGCAACAGGCUGGCUCUCGUACAGGC